AUGGCUGCUGCCGGUUGUGUCCGAUCUGAAGAUCAGUUCCUGUGUUCCAUCUGUGUGGAAGUCUUCACUGAUCCAGUCACAAUACCAUGUGGACACAACUUCUGCAAAUCCUGCAUCUCUGAACACUGGGGGGUUAAUGUCCCAUAUCAGUGUCCCAUGUGUAAAGAGGUUUUCAACACAAAACCUCAGCUGAAGAUCAACACGUUCAUCUCAGAGAUGGUGGCUCAGUUCAGACAUGAAGCUGAACAUGAAGCUGUUGUAGACCACAAGAACCAUGAGUUUGUUCCUCUGAAAGACGAACAUGAAGAACAGAAGCCAGAUCUGAAGAAGACCGAAGCUGAAAUUCAGCAGAUGAUCCAGGAGAGACAACUGAAGAUCCAGGAGAUCCAACAGUCAGUGGAGCUCAGUCAGAACGCUGCAGACACAGAGGAAGCAGAAGGUGUUGAGGUCUACACUGCUCUGAUGGAGUCUGUUCCAAGAAGUCUGGAUCAGUUCAAAGAGAAGAUCCAAGAAAAGCAGAGGAGCACUGAGAAACAGGCUGAAGACUUCAUCAAAGAGCUGGAACAGGAAAUCUGUGAGCUGAAGAAGAGAACUGCUCCAUCCAUGAAGACCUGGACAAAGGUCAGUGUCCGUCCACCAUCAUAUGAGGGGACUGUGGUGAGAGCUCUGUAUCAGCUGGAGGACACACUCAGAGAAGACAUGAAGGAGAAGAAGGAGAAGGUGGUUGAAGCUGAGCUGAAGAGAGUCCAAGAGUAUGAGAUGGAUGUGACUCUGGAUCCAGACACAGCCCAUCCUAACCUCCUCCUGUCUGAUGAUGGAAAACAGGUUCAUUAUGGUGAUGAAAGGAAGAACCUUCCAGACAAACCACAGAGAUUCUGUCAUGGCCUUUGCGUCGUAGCGAAGCAGAGUUUCUCUUCAGGCAGGUUUUACUUCGAGGUUCAGGUCAAAGGAAAGACUGACUGGACUUUAGGAGUGGUCAGCGAGUCCAUCAACAGGAAAGAAGGGAUCCUACCGAGACCUCGGUUCGGAUACUGGACCAUCUGUUUGAUAAAUGGAAAUCUGUACAUAGCUGCUGCUGAUCCUUGUGUCUGUCUGUCUGUGAAGUCUGAUCUUCAGAAGGUGGGGGUGUUUGUGGAUUAUGAGGAGGGUCUGGUCUCCUUUUAUGACGUAGAUUCUUCAGUUCUCUUCUACUCCUUCACUGGCUGCUGCUUCAGUGAUAAACUCCUACCAAUUUUCGAUCCAGGUCGAUCAGCUAACCCUAACGCUGGAGGUCUAAACUCUGCUCCUCUGAUCAUCACUCCUGUCACACACUGA